AUAUCAAUGGUUAAGAAGUUUAUAAUACGUAUUAUUAAAUGUUUUCUUUGUUAGACUUUUAAAUAGUUUUUGUAUUACAUGCUAAUUUAUUUUAUUAAUAUUAUACAAACAUGAGUGACCUGGCUAUUAAGAAAUUGAACGAGAUCAGUGCCGAGUUAAAGGCUCAUCAAAAUGAUACGCCCGAGGUGAAAAUGCUAAACACCACGGUCGAUGAGAUCCACCAGAUGAAUGAGCACCGGCAGAAAAUGCGUUACGCCAACGCAGCCCUAAUGGGCCUAAUUUUGGCGGCUUUCCUAUGCUAUGCCCUAAUCGUAAGACAGGGAGACCUCAUCUCAAACUUUGUCGGAUUUGUCGUGAUUUUUAUGGGAGGGCUGUUAGCUUUCAAGUACAUGGACUACAUGGAUAAUACCAAGAUUAUGGACACGUUCAUGCAUCUGAGCAAAAGUUACCGGGCUAAAAAAGUUGAGCCGGUUCAGCCACAGGAUAAACAUGUAGAUGAGGCUAAUGUUAAACCAAAGUAUUUGUAAUCUUAAAGUUAGAGAGAGAGAGAGAGAGAGAGAGA